AUGGCAUCUGCUAAAUUGGUUUUCUUGUGCGCCGUAAUGGCUAUUCUUUCUGCCACUACUUCAGCUGGUUUGUUGGACGCUAUAUUCGUACCCACCAUUUUGCAAGAGCUAUAUCAACUUGCACCCACCAAAGAGGGUUAUCGUCUAAAUUUGGAACAUCCCAAUGGCAGUAAACGUGAAGAAGUUGGCAUGGUCGUUAACCCUGGCACACCCGAAGAACAAUUAGUUGUUAUGGGUAGCUACACCGUGUUUGAUGAAAAGACUGAUAUUGAAACCAUCACCAUGUACACCGCCGACAAGGAUGGUUACAAGCCGCGUUAUAUGCUUAAAAAUCGCAAAUUGAGUGGUUGCACAUUGAAAACAUGCGUUGGUUAA